AUGGCGGCGCCCAGACGGCUUCCCCGGGCUUAGUUGUUGCGGGUCGUCCGCCUCCCCUCGGCAUGUUGCUUCUCCGAGACUGCGGCCGCUGGGCCGCGGCGUCCCUCGGCCGACGCUUGCCUUCGCCUCGCCUCCGCAGCGACAGCGCGGCGCCGUGCCGCGCGCACUUCGAUGUGGUAGUGAUCGGAGGGGGCCACGCGGGGACCGAGGCGGCCGCCGCCGCUGCGCGCUGUGGCUCGCGGACCCUGCUCCUCACACACCGCGUGGACACGAUCGGUCAGAUGUCCUGUAAUCCUUCCUUUGGUGGCAUCGGAAAGGGGCAUUUGAUGAGGGAAGUAGAUGCCUUGGAUGGCUUGUGUUCUCGAAUCUGUGACCAGUCUGGUAUACAUUACAAAGUAUUAAACCGGCGUAAGGGUCCCGCUGUGUGGGGGCUGAGAGCGCAGAUUGAUCGGAAACUUUAUAAACAGAACAUGCAGAAGGAAAUCCUGAAUACGCCCCUGCUCACUGUUCAGGAGGGAGCUGUAGAAGAUCUAGUUCUUACAGAACCGGAGCCUGGACACGCUGGGAAGUGCCGGGUCAGGGGUGUUAUUUUGGCAGAUGGAAGCACAAUUUAUGCAGAGAGUGUAAUUCUGACAACUGGGACAUUUCUGAGAGGCAUGAUUGUAAUUGGAUUGGAGACACAGCCCGCAGGACGUUUGGGGGAUCAGCCCUCUAUAGGGUUAGCUCAAACUCUGGAGAAGUUGGGGUUUGUAGUAGGAAGACUGAAGACUGGGACCCCACCCCGACUUGCCAAAGAGUCCAUUAAUUUCACCAUUCUAAACAAGCACACACCAGAUAAUCCUUCCGUACCAUUCAGCUUCCUCAGUGAAACAGUGUGGAUCAAGCCAGAAGAUCAGCUGCCAUGUUUCUUGACUCACACCAACCCCAGAGUGGAUGAAAUUGUCCUUGGGAACCUUCACCUGAAUAACCAUGUUAAGGAAACUACAAGAGGACCCCGAUACUGUCCCUCUAUUGAAUCAAAGGUUUUACGUUUUCCAAACCGUGUACAUCAGGUUUGGUUGGAACCGGAAGGAAUGGAUUCCGAUCUUAUCUACCCCCAAGGGUUAUCUGUUACCCUACCCGCUGAGUUACAAGAGAAAAUGAUAACAUGCAUCAGAGGCUUGGAGAAAGCCAAAAUGGUUCAUCCAGGUUAUGGUGUUCAGUAUGACUAUCUGGAUCCCCGGCAGAUCAGCCCAUCCCUCGAGACGCAUUCAGUUCAGCGGUUGUUCUUUGCUGGACAGAUCAAUGGAACCACUGGCUACGAGGAAGCUGCAGCUCAGGGUGUGAUAGCUGGAAUCAACGCCAGUCUGCGGGUCAGUCAAAAACCACCCUUUGUUGUAAGUCGCACAGAAGGCUACAUAGGAGUCUUGAUUGAUGACCUCACCACACUGGGCACCAGCGAACCAUACCGCAUGUUUACUAGCAGGGUAGAGUUCCGCUUGUCACUGCGCCCGGAUAAUGCUGACAUCCGCCUCACAUUCCGAGCUCAUAAGGAUGCCGGCUGUGUGUCCCCACAGCGAUAUGAAAGAGCAUCAUGGAUGAAGUCUUCCUUAGAAGAAGGCAUGUCUGUAUUGAAAUCCAUUGAGUUUUCAAGCUCCAAGUGGAAAAAGUUAAUUCCACAAGCUCCUAUAAGUAUUCAUAGAAGCCUUCCUGUCAGUGCUCUAGAUGUUCUUAAGUAUGAAGAAGUUGACAUGGAGUUACUAGCCAAUGCUGUUCCCGAACCCUUGAAGAAGUAUACUACAUCUAGAGAUCUGGCUAGAAGACUGAAAAUAGAAGCUACUUAUGAGUCAGUCUUGCUGUAUCAACUACAAGAAAUAAAGGAGGUUCAGCGAGAUGAAGCUUUCCAACUGCCACAAGACCUAGAUUAUCUAACAAUCAGGGAUGUGUCCUUGUCCCAAGAAGUUCGAGAGAAGCUACACUUGAGUCGCCCACAGACAAUUGGGGCUGCUAGUCGUAUCCCUGGAGUGACACCAGCUGCCAUCGUCAAUCUGCUCAGAUUUGUGAAGACCACUCAGCAAAAACAGGCAGCAGUAACGGAGCACCAAACCAGUUAGUGCUUAUGUGGGAUACAAAGAAACUUCGAGAACUGUAACUUCCGUUUCAGAGAGGACUUUAGAAGAAGCUUAGAGAGCAUAAAAAGAGAUAAAAAUAACACCUGUGAGCAUUGUUAGAUUAUUUUAGAUUUGUCCUUGUAAGACAAAGGUUACAGUUGUGCAUUUUUAUGUAUCUAGUCAAAAUUGUUAAAAAACAAUGUAUAGUUCUCUUUGAGGCUUUAUACAGUAAGCUUAUUUCUACAGGCCAUAUAUCAUUCAUCAGGUUAAUAAUUAAGUCAAAACUAAGCCUGAAACUGAGGGGUGAUACAGAUUUUAAGUAAUCCAUCUCUUAAAAGACUGAAGCAGGGCUGGGUAGUGAUGAUGCACACCUUUAAUCCCAGCACCUGGGAGGCAGAGGCAGGUGGAUGGAUCUCUUGAAUUUGAAGCCAGCCUGGUCUGAUCAAGUUCCAGGCAGCUAGGGCUUCACAGAGACCACCAGUCUUGAAAAACCAAAAAAAGAAAAAGAGGCUGAAGCAGGAGGAUCAGGAGCUCAAGAUUAAAUUGGCUACACAAUGAGACCUGGUCUCAAGGAAACAAAGACAGCCCCUUGCAAAGCCUGUGCUCCUUGGCCUGCCCUCUUCCCCGACACUGGACUGUCUCACUUGUUCUCUGAAGCUCUACCAUUCCUGCCUGCUUUCUUUUAACCAAAUGGUAUUUCUUUCUCUCUCUUCUCCAGCUCCCUCUUGCUGGCAGCUGCAGACAUUUACAGCUUGCUUGUCCUGAUUUUCUCUCAAACUCUGGUAAAAUUGUCCGCUUUAGAAACAAAGUAUUCAGGGGCAGGAGAGAUGGCCCAGAGGUUUGCUCCUCUUGUAGAGGACCUGAGUUUGACUCCCUAUACCUACAUCAGCCUGAUGCUUGUAACUGCAGUUCAAGGUGUCUGAUGCCCUCUCUGGCCUCCGCUAGUACCCAGACCUUCUCUGUGCCCCUCCCCAAACAAAAUCUUUAAGGGGAAGCUUGCACUUUUCCAGUCCAGAAACACCAUCAAGAAAUCCAAGUAUAAAGAUAAAAUCUCAAGGGGGCUGCUCCAAAUGCCUGUUGAGCAUGUUAGUUUGUCAAGAAGUCUGAGGAGGGUGCUGAAGCCAUCGAGGCCUUUUUAAGAACAGACUCCGGAAGAAGAUAGACAAUGCAGUCAGUGAGUGGACACGCUGAGGGUUAUCAAGGCCCCAGAAGGUCUGUCUGCUACUGUGCAAAUAGACGAGUUAAUGUGACAACCCCAUCCCCAUAUUGUGUGCAAGGGGCUAGUGUUCUAUGAUGUUUUUACAAGUAAACAAGAUAGGGAAAAACUUGAAAAAGAAAAAAAAGAUCAAUUUGUAGAUUUGCUACUCAAGCCCAUGUGUAAAGUCAAUUUGGAAUACUUUACUCAUAAAGUACACCAAGUCACAGGCUUAACCUUGUCUGCUUACUGUAGGUUAGAAAGCUAGGAUAAGAAAUGAAGACUGGCCGGGUGGUGGUGGCUCAUGCCUUUAAUCCCAGCACUCGGGAGGCAGAGCCAGGCGGAUCUCUGUGAGUUCGAGGCCAGCCUGGUCUACAGAGUGAGAUCCAGGACAGGCACCAAAACUGCACAGAAAACCCAAAAAAGAAAAAUGAAGACUACAAAACCUGCCAGAUCGCUCUUAAGAAGUUUUCAGCACAUGUGCUAUUACACUAUAACACACAUAUAUUCCUAAUACUGGGAAAGGCAGCAGAGGAGAGAGGAGAGCAGAUGAAGAAAUGAAUCAGCAGUUAAGUGCAGUGAGAUCAAGUCUCAGUACACACAUGGUGGCUCACAAUAGUAUAGAACUCCAGUUCCAGGGGAUCCAACACCUGGCCUUCACGGCCUUGUGGCACACAGACAUAACAUGUAGGCCAAACACCCAUACACGUCAUACUUUUUAAUUUUAGCACUUGAAAGAGGCAGGAAGCUCAGAAAUUCAAAGUCAUCUGUUUAGGCUAGUCUGGGCUACAUCAAGACUCUGCCUCAGGUGUAUGGGUGGGUGGGAGGCUAUAUGUGUGACCCAUGUAGUUUUGGAAUUUGUAGGUUAAAAGCUGACUUAGGACAUUUAAAUCUUAGAUUUCAGUACAGAAAUUUUCAAUAAUCAUUAGUUUUGAACAUUAAUGAAAGUGCUAUAAAACACAAAGUUAUUUUGUAAGCUGGUUAUGGGAGGUUAAAGAUGGACAUAUUUCAUACAAUAAAAAUGUUUGCUGAUGUAACUGACCUGGCCGUUAUUUAACAUUAAUAAAGCAAUCCAUCCAUAGUAA